AUGGACGUGGACCAUGUGUCCCAACUCACCAAGGAACAAGAAAGCUGGCUGGAAAAAAAGCUCUGUGUACAUUGUGGGAAGCAUCCCUUUGUAUUCAAGCAGAAGUGCCCCAACCCCAAGUACAAAGGCAAACUAGAAAUGAUCAGAUGGGGACAAGCAACAAGGGUGAUAUUGGCACCACCAGCAUCAAGCGGUUCCGACAAUGGCAAGGCAAGAGAAGAAGCAGUCCAUGCCUUCCUCACCAGCUAUGACGUGAAGGAAAAGGAUAAAGAGGUGGAACCAGAACCAGCUGUCGAAGCAGCUAGAAUCACGGAGGUGGAAAGUGAUGAGGAUUUUCUUUGGCAGUUUCAGAUUUUCUAUAUAUUGCAUCAACUGGAAGUAAGGGAAGUCCAGACUGAGGCGCUCCUCGACUCAGGAGCAUAUUCUUGUUACAUCAAUCCACAGCUGGUUGAUCGAUUGAAUCCUGCUACGAUCUCUCUCGAGAAAGAGAUCAGGGUUUAUAAUGCAGACACGUCACACAACAAGGGUGAAAUCAUUAAGAAAAGGGUUCUUCUAAGUAUAACUAUCGGAAACCAUACAAGCAGACAGAGCCUUCUUGUCACGGAUAUAGGUCACAAAGAUGUUAUACUAGGCAUGAGUUUCCUCAAGAAGCACAAUCUCGAAGUAGCAGUCCAGGAGGAGGACCUGAAAAACACAAACAUCCCCCACAUCGAAGACCUAAUGGAGUUCAUCGGUUCUCAGGAGUUAGAUGACAACUGGAAUGACAUGGACAGCUUCAUUAGAUGGGUGUCAUUAUCAGAAGACCCUGAUGUGCAGGCCGUAGCAUCACUUAUCAUGGGUCUUGACACCAAGAGAAAUCAGGAUAGAGUGCCGCAAAAUGGAGAACAGGACAAAGACUACUGA